UGUAGAGGAAAACUCGACUUAGUUGAGCUGGACACAACAACUGUAUACUAUAGUUGGUAGUGAGUGUGUCAAGAUGUCUGUGGAUAAAACCCGUGCUAAUAGGUGGGUGAGUUUGGCCCUCCUGACGGUGUUGGGGGUCCUCGGGCUGGUCUUCCUCCUUCAAGCUGCUGCCAUGGUGUUCGGGCCUUCAAAGUCUGCCUGUACAAAACAAGUGUGCCUGGCCAAGUUCCUGGAGGGUCCCCCGGCUUUCAACGACGUCGGGAUGUCGACAUACCUGAGGAACAACCAUUUCCUGCCGCCCACCGCCUCCGGUUACCAACUCUCUGGCAUCAACGGCAGGACAGCCAACUUCGAUGCCAUCCUCCAGUAUAUCAAAGAAUAUUUCAAUAACAAGCGGGGUGGGGUCUUCGUGGACGUGGGUGCUGGGGAUGGAGAGUAUCGUUCCGUCACCCUGGAGUUGGAGAAGACCUUAGGCUGGACAGGCCUGCUAGUGGAGCCCAACGAGCACCUCUACAAGAAGAUCCUGAAGAAGGGUAGGAAGGCCCAGCUGACCAAGGCCUGCAUAUCCCCCUACUCCUACCCUACUGUGCUGAAACUGGCGUACCCAGUGAUAAAGGAAGGGGCGAGCGAGGAGGAGGAGGUGAAGACCCUCUCUCAGACCAAGCUACACCGACUCUGGGACCAGCAGAUUGAAACAGGACUCGUGGCGUUUGAGGCUCAGUGUGUCCCACUCGAGAACCUGAUAUACGCGGCAGGCAUCACCAAGUCCUUCGACCUCCUCGUCCUAGACAUGAGUGGCACCGACCUGGACAUUCUUCUCAACACCAGAAUGGAUGUCCUCCCUGCGUUCGAGAUGAUCCUGAUCCACGCCAACGGGGCCAACGUGGGUAACGAUAUUGGAGGAUAUUUUCUCGAGUGCAACAUGGUCAUCAAGAAGGUGUUUGGGAACUCAGCCGAAACCGCCUCCUAUGUUCUCGUCAAGUUCGACGCCCGUAAAGACCUGUAAACUCCCGUCGCCAGCUCCUUCCCCGACAUCUAUUUAACAAGUGCGAAGCAUCACUGGUGUCGUCACGUGUGGUCAUAGUUUGGAUGAAUCAAAUGCUGUAUAGUUAUACCUGGGAGUCAAGUGAAUGAAAUACACACACAUGAGUAAAGUGAAGCGCCUUUAUCUUUACUAAAGGUGUUGUUACUAAUAUACAGGUUAGGUGUAUUCAUUUGUUUACGUAAGGUAGUAAAAUAUUUUAUUUUAUUGUGUUUGUUGAUUGAUCUAUCGCCCCCCCCCCCCAACUAUAGAGGUGGCUAUGGUGAGGGAAAGUGCUCAGUACGGCCUGUGUAGGAUCCCUCCACUGUUUUUGUUAAUCUUGUCCAUGUGGGCUUAUAUGAAGCCCUGUACUGUUCUCGCUUCCACAGCUUGAGCUGGUAGACUGUUCCAUAAGUCUAUCACUCUCUGUGUGACGAAGUAUUUCCUUGUAUUCGUCUUGCAUGAUACCUUGGUAAGCUCGAAGUGUUGGUGGCGUGUGGCAUCACGAAAAAUUGGCCGGGUUUAUGUUUUUCAUCCCUCAAGAUUUUGAAUGUCUCUAUGAGAUCCGCCCAAUUGUGUCUUUUCUGAAGAGCUGUCACGCCUAAUAUUUUUUAUUACCUGAUGGACAGACAAUGAUGAAGUAUAGAUAGGGACAGACAAACUUUGAAUCGAUAUAAAUGAACAAUAUCUUGUACGAAGGAAAAUAAAAUCACUCACUAAC